AUGGACAAAAAUGAUCCAAGCCCUAAACCUCAAGGACCAGUGUCCCAGGAUGAUGGUGACCUGCGGAUGAAGGUGGACUCAACCCCUGGGACAGACCACAAAGAGAAAGAGUCGGUGAAGUGUGAUGAGAGACCACAAACCCCUCCAGCCACCCCUGUGAUCACAAGGUACUACGGUGGGACAGAUGAUGAUGAGGUCUUCAUCCAGCUACCACGUCCUUCUCCGCCAUCCUCCAUGCCUCCUUUGCUUUCAGUAGAGGGCAGCAGGGAUGGAAAAAUAAAUCAUUCCAAUUUGACCUUUGCUAAUGGGCCAGCUGACGCCACAGAAGCUAAGGCUAAUCCCGGUGGCUUAGACUGGCAUCACGGUGAGAAGCAGUUAAUGGCAGCACCAAACAAGCUGGAUGAGUUGAUGAUGAGCACAGCGGAGACUUCUGAGGAGUCCAUGAACACAGCAGCUCUGCCCAAAGAGAAGGGCUCAAAAGACCGAGAUUCGACAUCCAUGGAGAACACAGGUAGUCUGAUGGGACCAUGUUAUGAUCCAUCAAGGGGAAGCCAUCAGGACGAUACCACAAGAAAGAACGAGUUAACCGAGGAACCCGAGGAUAUUGAUAUUGAAAUUUUAAGUGAAAGACAGGCAACCUGGAAUGAAGUCGAAGCAGAUGGUGAUGACAAAUAUCCAAAACAGGUACCUGUUAGCACUGAGGAGAGGUCAAAGACUGAGGAACAUUUUCACAGAGAUAAAGACAAAGUGAAAUCAGAUGGAUUUUCUGCAUCUACGGGGACAAAGUCGAAACUAUCAACAGACAAAGUUGAUUGCAGUGGGACGAAGACAAACGCCCCCACAAGAUCUAGUCUCACAGACAGAGAUGAUCUAAAACCCUCUGUGUCACCAGAACUCUGCAAAUACAACCAAAACAGUUCGGAUGAAGCAACAACUCAACCACAGCUAUCAGAGAUCACAAGAAAAGCACCCAAUGAUGAGCAGCAUGUUGACACCAGAUCUUUGAACUAUAAGCUCGCAAAGUAUGACUGGGUGAGGAGAGAGAGUGGGAUCAGUGAAACGCUAUCGCCCCGCCCCUCUGUCGGCGAAGAGACAAUUUCAAGGACAGAGCAGGGACAGGGAAGCAGGGGACUAAAUUCUAAUGUCCAACAAGGAGAGCAACUACUUCAACGACUGCAAGUGGUCCAGCAACGACAGGAUGUUCACGCACCAGAGAAACCUCCUACUUUCCAGCUUACCGGACCAGACAUGGAAAGUGAGAAAGAGGCUGUGUUUGGAGUGGAAGCAGAUGAAAUGCAAGACGGGCAAGAUCAUCUGAUGGGUUUAAAAAGAAGUAGACUACACACUGUUGAAGAUGAUGGCGCCAACGCGAACCUGGUGGAAGAGAAAGGUAGUGAGUGUGAUCACGCGGAAACAAAGGCAUGGUUGUCUUUGCCAACGAUGUCUGUAAAGCCUGAUCAUUACCCAAUUGUAAGAACAGAGGCGGGCUACUCUGAUGAUGAUGAGAAAAGUGAGGUCUGGGUACCGACAGAGUGGUCUUCGAAUGAUGAAGUGUCUUCAACCCACCCUAUGUCCAACCGCCCACGACUCUCAGUUGCAGAGACCUCCCUCGAGAAGCAGAUCCACGAAGUAGCUCAGAAGAAACAGAACCUUCAGAGAGCUGGAGGUGUCUUCAAUCUCGCAGAUAACUUAGAUGUGAUAGAGAUCCCUUUUAAGACCAAUUUCUCACUUGAGCCAUCCCCAGCAAAGGUUGGUCCAGGUACGCGGAGCUCUUGGCAAUUCUCCGAGCAGAAGAUGCAGAAGGAGAUAAGUCAAGAAAUACAGAGAGAGCUGGUGCUGGUCAACCAAGGGAAGAUCCCGGGGGCUUACAGCAAAGGAGAAGUCCGCCAGUUAAAGGAGACAAAAUUGCUUUUUGAGGCUUUCCAACAGGAAAACAUGGAAGGUCCAACAAGGCAUCGCAAAUCCCCUACCUCACUGUCCAAAGGUCAUGUUUACCCAUCAGUGCUAGAGCGCACUCGUAGCCUUGAGAUGUUUUCCCUCAAGAGUCUUCCUGUGUCCAGAACACAUUCCCUCAGGGUGCACGACCCUGCGACUGCUCAGAUGACAAAAGGUCCAGAAGACUUCAGAGCAAAGAGCCCGAAUGGAGGUCCAAGAGACAAAACUCGUGUCUCACCCUACCAAAAACAAGAUAAACAUGCACGCCAGUACAGAAGCAUGGACUUAAUGAGUGCUGGUGUCUCUGAUGGGGAGACCAGGAGAAACGUUGGGGAGGGGAACGCAUCGGGGGAAUCUCCUAUUCUCAAACAUAACCCCUUCUUCAAGUUGCGUCCGGCCUUGGUUCUGCAGCCAGAGGUCGAGAAAGAUAUUCGUGAGGCCAAAGAAAGAGAAGAAGAGCUUCGCAGACAGAGAUGCACUCUAUACGGAGAGAGCAGAUGGAAAAGUAAAGACAAGGAAAAGUCUCGAUUCACACCCACCCUCACCACAGGUUAGUGUACAUUGUUGUUGUUUUUUAAUUAUAUUCAGACUUUUCCUUAUUUUUAUAUACUUCCUUAUUUCCCACAACUAACUGUUGUCAUAUCACCAACAUCAUUAAUGUUUGAAGUGGUUUUUACACUGAUGUUUAUGAAUGUUUUUUGAACAUCUUUGUUCGUCAGGAUGCAUUUUGUUGAUGAUCCCUGCUCUCUUGAGUCAAAAAUUUUAUUUAAGAAACCUAUCAAGAAAGUGUUGGCCUGGGGCACCUCACAUAUGGGGGCUAUAGUCCUCAUCGCAACAGUCACUGGUUCGAAUUGUAGCCUCGACCCUGUGCUACAAUCUUUCCCCUGUUCCCUUCUACAAGCGUUUCCUUCUCUCUUCAGCUGUCCUCUCCUAUAAAGGCAAAAUUCCCCGAAAUAACAACUUCAAAAAUAAGAAAAUUUUAGCCAGAAAUCUCUUCAAAUAAAAUGUUUAUUCAGCCUCUCAUGUAGAUGUAGCUUAGAUUAGCUGAAAACAGAUAUUCUGACUAAAAAUUGGACAAACUGACUCAGUAAGAUUAGAUUUUUUUCAGUGUAGACGUCAUUAAUUUGGUUGACUGUCAUGCAGUUGAUGAAAGGCUUAAGGUGAUUUCUUUUACUUAGUUAUUAAUGUUUUCUAAAAUGUAGUAAAGCUCAAUACUUCCCUCAGGUAAAAGUACUGAUUUUGAAAACUAGUCAAAUAAGUGCAAACACACAAAAGCUCCUCAGCUACAGUAACUUGUAUAAAUAUGAUUUAUUCCAGCCCGACUCUGGUAAGUCCAUUUGAAUUUUGUAGUUACCAUGCUGUGCUGUAGACGCAGAGAAGUACAGAAAACAGUUAAGCACCUGUCAUCAGACCAGCAACACCAAAGAGGAUAUUUUCUACAUUUAUUAACUAAUCAAACUAAAAAUAAUUAGGGUUAUUGUGAUGAAUGUUACUGAAAAAGCUAAAAAAAAAUUACUUGAAUACAGCAGUGAGAUUUGCCAAUCCUAGCACAGACUGAUUAAUGAGAAUCACUUGUACCUUUUUUUAUUCUUUUCACAUCCCUCCCUCCUAACACAUCGUCUGAGGACUUUAAUGACUGUCUUUAUACAUUAGCAUCACAUAGUGUUAUCUAAGAAGUGUCAUUGACUCAGUGUCAACCCUGUCAAAGAGGGUUAAGGGCAUAUCAAUCCAGUUGCAGCCUGACCCGAUCCAGCGUCUGCCAAUGGGUUGACUGACAACGUGAAGGCUCGUACGUGCACUUCUAACGAGCUGGCGGCAGUCCUGGUUGUAUUAUAGUACGGUGUUUAUAUAAAUAACUCCAGACAGUGAAUCAGUCUGCUUUCAUUUGUGUGUGUAUUUGUAUGUUAGUGUAAAGUUUGUCCCCUUUUUUACCAUCUGUUUGUGUUUCCCAUAAGUUAGAGACAUAAAAUAACUGUACAAAUUUGUCAUCAUUAUGUUAGAUGUUUGAUUUUUCAAUCACAGCAGCUGAACAAAGAAGCAAAAGUUGACAGAUGAAGCAGCAUGUGACAGCUAUACAAUCCUUCUGUGUCGGGUUAGACUUUGAAUUGUGUUGUUAAAACUCAGGAGUAGAGGAGGAAACCCCUUUUAUCAUACCAUGUGGGCUCUGGGUGUUAUCUUGUUCAUUCUUCCAUUACUAGCUGUACUACGCUUUGCUUUCUGUUGUUCUCUACAAAACUAUAGGCUAUAGCCUUUCUUUUGAUAUAUUUGAUACAAUAUAUGUGCAGUUUAGUGCUCUAGUAACCUGGAUUUGGCAAAUCUAAUCCAACAUUGCCUUAGCAGAUGCCCCACAAGACCCAAAUUGACUUUUUGUCUGUGUCAGUUUUGGCGCCCCCUGUGGACAAAUGCAGUCUUUGCUUAUCUUCUCUGAUUUAUGACAACAAAUCUCAUCCUGCUAUUUUUUGACAGCCAAAUGUGAAUACUCCAGGUGAAAACAGGGCUGUGUUUAAAGCUGCAAGGCUUGGACCUACCCGUCACACAGGUUUCAGACGAUUAAAAAAAAAAGAUAUUACGAUCUUUGGUUUUGUUAAAUUUACCAUGAAUUUCAGUCAAUUUCAUGAACAUCAAAUAACUCCUCAUAGGAGCUUUAAAGUUGAAAUAGAGCGAAAUACUUGCAACGAACGAACAAAGGAAAACAGCUUUCAUAUGGCCAGUCAUUAAAGUGUCUUUUCUUUGACUGUUUUUGUCAUCAUUUUACCUGUAAGACACCUAGUAGUCUCAUGUUUUGUGUAUGGUGCCAUGCUAUUCUUUGAUGUUUCAGAAACUGUAUUGAUCAAGUUUGUCAAGUUAAUCUAAUUCAUACAAAGAGCUUGACUCAUCGAUCAUCAUUAAGGGAAUUAAGGGAGAUACUCAAUAUAACGGAUCCAUUUUUCAAUACAAGCCAUGGGUAACAAUGUGAUAUUAAAACAGCAGAAGUUUAGCAGUCAAAGAGAUUUUGCCUGGCUCUGUUUCAUAAAAUGGUUAAUCGGUCAGUGUAAGACCUCCUUCACCUCUGAUUCUUUCUUUCUCCUGCUCUUUAGAUGCCACAGGACAGUCCCGGGGCAAACUGGACAGAUUUUGGCCUCCGCCUUCCAAGAAAGACCAGAAAUCUGAGUCGACACAGGUAAUGACUGAGGUCUAAUAAAUGCAUGGCAUCUUUUUAGUUCCAAGAUCUUUCAGUUCAUCAGAAAAGGGGUAGGUAACAAAAAAACGUGGAACUGAGCUUGAAAUAUGUUCCUGUGAAGUUUCCAUCGUGGAAAAAGGGAAGUGAAGUUGAUUUAUAAAUACUCUUAUUCAGAGAGUCAAAAAGGGAACUAAUCCCUGAAUGCUCUUUUCUCUUAUCUCACAGCAGGAGGCAAAAGUUCGGAGAACAGCGGGUCAGAAGGCGUCUCUAUGGCAACGCUGGGAGUCCGGCCAGAUAAAUGGACAGCCAUCACAGGAAAAGAACUAG